GUACGUGUGACGUCAAACAAGUUGUUGAAUUUUGAAAGACGGGCGCGAUUUUCAGCAGCUGUGAGAGUCUAUUUCUAGGAAAUGGAGACCAAUAAAGAAUCGCCGUGUGUCUUUAAAACGCCUUGCAAGCCUGCAAAAGUUAAAAGUCCAGCCAGUGCAUGUGGAACCCCUGUCACUAUACCAGCCUCUCCCUUUAUGAAGAAGCUUGGCUGUGGAACUGGAGUCAAUGUGUAUCUAAUGGACAGGAUGGGAAAGCAGGCUCAUUCCCCAUGGGCUAUUAAAAAGAUCAACAGCAAGUGUGCAAAAAGUCAGAUGAAAGUCUAUCAGAGGCGUCUGUGUGAUGAGGCGAAGAUCUUGAAAGACCUGCACCACCCAAAUAUUGUUGGCUUCAGAGCUUUUGCCACAGCAAAGGAUGGCUCUAAGUGUUUAGCGAUGGAGUAUGGAGGAGAGCAGUCUUUGAACGAUCUCAUCGAGAAGAGGAGAGAGGAUGGCCUACAAGCAUUUCCUGUGGCCACCAUUGAAAAAGUGGCUCUUCAUGUUGCACGUGGAUUACAGUACCUGCACAAUGAGAAGAAGCUUUUGCAUGGGGAUAUGAAAUCAUGCAAUGUUGUAAUAAAGGGCGACUUUGAGAGCAUCAAAAUCUGUGAUGUUGGAGUAUCUCUGCCGCUGGAUGAAAACAUGCAAGGUACACAUUUUAGCAUUAUGUCCAUCCCUUUCUUCAAAGAUGAUUUAGAUGUUUAUAAACAUUUUGCAUGUUCCUCAGUGAGUGAUCCAAAAGCCCAUUACAUUGGAACCGAACCAUGGAAGCCCAAAGAAGCUCUGGAGGAUGGAGUCAUCAGGGAUAAAGCUGAUAUCUUUGCGUAUGGGCUCACUUUGUGGGAGAUGAUGACUCUUUCUGUUCCUCACCUGGAGAUGCUGGACACUGAGGAUGAUGAUGAUGAUAAUGAUGACUCCUUUGAUGAGGAUGACUUUGAUGAAGACGCAUAUUAUGAAAGGCUUGGUACUCGACCACCCUUGGAUUUAUCCACUCUAGGAGGAGGUUACCAGAAGAUGGUGGAGCUCUUCUGUCUCUGUACAGAGGAAGACCCUCACAAAAGACCCUCUGCUGCUCACAUUCUACAGGCACUGGAGUCCAACACCCAGCUGUCUGACAAAGGCAGCAGUGAGGUUAUAGUAAUUGAUUAAUGGUUUGUCUAUAUCCUUGUCUAUCUAAAAUAUGUAUGUUGUUGGCGUUUUUCUCUAAUUUUACUUUGUAGACUGUUUCUUUGUCACAUUGUAAAUACUUUUCUGUUCAGCAUUUAGUCUUAUUAGAUAUGUUUUUAUGUGCUUAUGGACAUCCUAGAGACUGUAGUCUAGUGGUUGCAAAGCAAUUUAAAUUAAAUAGUGUCUGUGUUUGAACUGUUAAACGAAAUAAAACGAAAUUUCGGGUCUAUCAAUGGACUAGAACAAAGAACAUGUACAAUAACGUUUUGUAGCCAAGGUACGUUUAAUUAAAAGUACCAACUGGAUUACAGUA